AUGACCUCCACGGGCCAGCCAGAGACAACAGUUGGAGACAAGCCGCAGGUCAGUAGCGUAGGAGGGGUGGAAUAAUUCAGUUGAUAUCCCAAAACUUGGUAUUCCACCACAACCUAUGCACACUACAGAGCUCUCAAUUAUAUUUUUGCAACUCUGUGUGUGUGUGUGUAUGUGUGUGUGUGUGUGUGUUGAAGGUGAGCGUUUUAGCAUGCCCGGAGGUUCCUCCUCUCUUGCUGCCUCACUACACUGACACAGGGUCAGUCUUCGUCCAUCCCCACUGUUCCUACCACAGCCUGGGACACUGUCUGCGCACAAACAUUUUUCCAGGUCAGUGUUGCACCAGGUCAUUGUUGGGCAUCCCUCAUUCAGUAUGAUAACAAAGUGGAUUAUCAGCACAGGCAGUGACAUAUACAGUCAAGGAUUGCUGUUCCUCUGUUUAAUGGUCAUGUUCUUUUCUUUUCUUUUCCUGUCCAUGCUUCUAUUCUAUUCUAUUCUUUCCAGGAGCUCCUCUGGUGUGGAAGUCCCUGGUAAAAGAGUCCUACAUCGGUCACCCCUUGCCCGCUCCUCCUACAGACCCCCAGCGUUGGUACGGCCGCAGGACUGAUGACAUGGGUGAGUGACCUGCUGCUAAUGCCACUUAUUGCUAUAUCAGCAACUAUUACUACCACUACUAUUACCACUCCUAGUAGUACUAUGAAUACAAAUAGUGCUACAUUAUUCAUAAUAUGCUUUGAGUGCAAUAAAUGAUAAACGCCUCAUUAAUAAGGUUUCAGGUAUGGAGGAUAAUAAUAGCUAGAUAAUAAGCUAAUAAUAAACACAACUUAUUUGAUUACUACUACCAAUGAUAUGACUACUAGCACUAUCCUUGCUACAUCCACUUAAACCCAAACUCCCUUUUCAUUCUCCCUCCUUUCAUUUGUUCUUUCAUAGUGAGAUGGACAGAAAGAAACAUUGUGAACCAGAAGUUGAACAAGGCACUAAAGGCAAUGGAGAACAAGGGGUCUAAAUGA